CGGCGGCCCGAGCGCAGCGAGCUUGGAGCCCGCGGGGGCGGAGCGCGAGAGCGGCCGCCAGGAGAGAUCACACCCCCCUGCCUGCGAGCGAGCUUGAGCCCGGACGUCUAUGGAGUGCAACUUCAGCCUGGCCCUGGUCCCGAAGCGAGUCUGCAGCGCGCGCCUGCUCUGACCGGGACUUGGGACUUUGGGAGGAUCGCGCGACCGGCAGAGGCACUAUUUUAGAUCUUAACGGAAAGAUCUUUAGAUCCAGAAAAGAAAAACAGAAGAGGCAGAAAAGCAAAAAGAAGCAACACUUAGUUUUUUAAAAGGCUCCCUACUACCUGUCUUUUUUCUUCUGAGAGCACCAGGCACUUGUAACAGGUGUUGCAGAGCACCAUGGCUGAACAACUCCUUCCUCAGGCUUUGUAUUUGAGCAAUAUGCGGAAAGCUGUGAAGAUUAGAGAGAGGACUCCAGAAGAUAUUUUUAAACCUACCAAUGGGAUCAUUCAUCAUUUUAAAACCAUGCACCGAUACACACUAGAAAUGUUCAGAACUUGCCAGUUUUGUCCCCAGUUUCGGGAAAUCAUCCACAAAGCUCUCAUUGACAGAAACAUCCAGGCUUCCCUGGAAAGCCAGAAGAAGCUCAACUGGUGUCGAGAAGUCAGGAAGCUUGUGGCACUGAAGACGAAUGGUGACGGGAAUUGUCUCAUGCAUGCUACUUCUCAGUACAUGUGGGGUGUUCAGGAUACGGACUUGGUCCUGAGGAAGGCACUCUUCAGCACUCUCAAGGAGACAGACACACGUAACUUUAAAUUCCGCUGGCAACUGGAGUCUCUUAAGUCUCAGGAAUUUGUGGAAACGGGGCUUUGCUACGACACUCGGAACUGGAGUGAUGAAUGGGACAACCUGGUCAAAAUGGCAUCCAUAGACACACCAGCAGCCCGAGGUGCUCUUCAGUAUAAUUCACUAGAAGAAAUCCACAUAUUUGUCCUUUGCAACAUCCUCCGCAGGCCAAUCAUCGUCAUUUCAGACAAAAUGCUGAGAAGUUUGGAAUCAGGUUCAAAUUUUGCGCCGUUGAAAGUGGGCGGAAUUUACUUGCCUCUCCAUUGGCCUGCCCAGGAGUGCUACAGAUACCCCAUCGUCCUCGGCUAUGACAGCCAACACUUUGUCCCCCUGGUGACCCUGAAGGACAGUGGGCCUGAAAUCCGAGCUGUCCCACUUGUUAACAGAGAUCGAGGAAGAUUUGAAGACUUGAAAAUUCACUUUUUGACAGAUCCUGAAAAUGAGAUGAAAGAAAAGCUUCUAAAAGAAUAUUUAAUGGUGAUAGAAAUCCCAGUCCAAGGCUGGGACCAUGGCACGACGCAUCUGAUCAAUGCUGCAAAGUUGGAUGAAGCCAAUUUACCAAAAGAAAUCAAUCUGGUAGAUGACUACUUUGAACUUGUUCAGCACGAGUACAAGAAAUGGCAGGAAAACACCGAGCAGGGCAGAAGAGAGUUGCACACCCAGAACCCGUCAGAACCUUCUAUGCCCCAGCUUUCCCUCAUGGAUGUAAAAUGUGAAACGCCCAAUUGUCCUUUCUUCAUGUCCGUGAACACCCAGCCUUUAUGCCACGAGUGCUCAGAGAGGCGGCAAAAGAAUCAAAACAAACUCUCAAAGCUGAACUCUAAGCCAGGCCCUGAAGGCCCGGGUUUGGCCCUCGGGGCUUCUCGGGGAGAGGCUUGUGAGCCCUUGGCCUGGAGCCCUGAGGAACCAGCUGGGGGGCCUCGUUCAGCCCCUCCAACAGCACCCAGCCUUUUCCUGUUCAGUGAGACCACUGCUAUGAAGUGCAGGAGCCCCGGCUGCCCCUUCACACUGAACGUGCAGCACAAUGGAUUUUGUGAGCGCUGCCACAAUGCCCGGCAACUCAAUGCCAGCCCCACCGCAGACAACACGAGGCACUUAGAUCCCGGCAAGUGCAGAGCCUGCCUUCAGGACGUCACCAGGACGUUUAAUGGGAUCUGCAGUACUUGCUUCAAAAGGACUACGACAGAGCCCUCCCCCAGCUUAGGGGCUGGCACCCCCUCCUGCCAUCAGCGCUCCAAGUCCGACCCCUCACAGCUCGUCCAGAGCAUCUCCCCACAUUCUUGCCACAGAGCUGGAAAUGACGCCUCCUCUGGCUGCCUUUCUCAGUCUGCACGGACUCCAGGGGACAAGACUGGGACAAGCAAGUGUAGGAAAGCUGGCUGCAUGUAUUUUGGAACUCCAGAAAACAAGGGCUUUUGCACGCUGUGUUUCAUUGAGUACAGAGAAAACAAACAUUUUGUCACUGCCUCAGGGAAAGCCAGUCCCACAGCCUCGAGGUUCCAGAAUAACAUCCCGUGCCUGGGGAGGGAAUGUGGCACCCUCGGAAGCACCAUGUUUGAAGGCUACUGUCAGAAGUGUUUCAUUGAAGCUCAGAAUCAGAGAUUUCAUGAAGCAAAAAGGACUGAAGAGCAGCUGAGAUCAAGCCAACGCAGAGACAUGCCGCGGACCACCCAGAGUGCCUCAAGGCCCAAGUGCACCCGGGCCUCCUGCAAGAACAUCCUGGCCUGCCGCAGUGAAGAACUCUGCAUGGAGUGCCAGCACCUCAGCCAGCGGGUGGGUCCAGGGGCCCAUCGGGGUGAGGCUGCUCCUGAAGAACCCCCUAAACAGCGCUGCCGGGCCCCUGCCUGCGACCACUUUGGCAACGCCAAGUGUAAUGGCUACUGCAAUGAGUGCUUUCAGUUUAAGCAGAUGUAUGGCUAAGCAGAAAGAGGCAGGCCAGCCUGGCAAGGGGGCCCUCAAGCCGCCAGCUAAUGUGGUGCUAUACUCGGAACCCUCAGUGCCUAGAGGAGCAGUUGCUGCAGCAGUAGGCUCCAGAGUGCCUUGAACAGGGGAAGAAAGAUAAGCUCUUCGUCACGCCUGUGACAGUCGAGUUUGGUAACAGGGGAAUGUUCCCUGGUGGUCUGAGAGCAAAGCUUGUGACUGGCGAUGGAUGAAGUCAGAUUCAGCCAGGGCACUUCCCCUUUCCUUCCAGCCAGAAGGCUGGGAGCUUCUUUGGACUCGGAAUGUAUGCUAGGACUGGCCAUAGCCCCUCACCCUAUCUGCCAGGGCUGCUUCAUGUCCUUGCGAGAAAAGGCUGAAUACUGACACAGUCAGGCGGGCUGGCAAACCCAGAGCCACUCCACCUGCCCUCCACCUGCAUUUCUCAGAGAUGAAGCUGAAUCACCCUGGCACAAGGGCCCUCCGCAAGAAACUGAAAGGAAGCUCAGGGAAAAUGGACAUACUCAGAGAGUGUCUAUAGGGAACGGUGUUCCCCUACCUGCCCAGUCCCUGUCCUGGGGCUCCGGCAGAGAAGCAGAACCAUCCAUGGACUGUGAUUCUGAGGCUGCUGAGACUGAUCAUGUUCGUAUGGAAAAGAAAACAAGCUGCUCUUCACAAUACGCACCUUUGAAAAAUCAGAAUAUUUGGGUGGCAAGACGUGUGAUUCUUUUGGUUAUCACUGUCUUCACUUUUAAAGAGGUUAACUUGACCGGAGGUGUGUGUAAAAGUAUGUACAUAUAUAAUAUACCCUUAUAUUAUGUAUGAGGGAUUUUUUUUUAAUUUUGAUAUGCUGCCUUAGAGGUAUAAAUAGGAAGACUGGAUAAUAAUAACCUAUUUUCUGGUUACUAUUUGGAAACCAUUUAUAUACACAGCUCAUAUGAACUCAACUAGCUGCCUUUUUAAAGGGAGCUCCAGUUUGUGACUAAAUUCACUUUAUUUAUUUUAUUACAAACUUCAAGGUUAUUUAAAUGAAGAUGUUUCUUUUCCUCUGGGAAAAACCUGCAGUGUCUUGUUGAGGUAACGUAUUUGCUUUGAGUUAUGGUAUGGAACCAGGCAAGUUCCUGACCUGAGUGGAGAGUGAGCCUCUACGAUACUUUGCCUCUCUAGGAAAGAAGGAAUUGCAUGGAGUCCAUUCAUUAAGAGCUCAUGCUGCUGCUUAAGAACUCCAGUCUUGCAAUAUGACACUGUCCUCUGUCUUCUGCAGAUGCCUUUGAGUAUCUUAACUGCUUGGAGAUAAGAUAGAGAAGAAAUAGGACAAGAUGGGGAAGGUCCCAGGGGAAUGGUGGCCUUUCAUGAUGGUUUUGUUUGCUGAGUUAAUGCUGUGUCCUUGGUUGCCAGGCAGUGACCUUGCAUCCAGUGACAUGCCGGCACUGGGACAGCAAAACUCAGUAACCUUAGGUUGGGGGGAAUUUCCUUCUGUCAUUGGCCUAUAGUUUUUUCUCUGGGCUUUGUAUUUCUGUCAUACUUGCUCUAGAAAAAAAGGAGUGAGAGGUAAAGGCUACUUAUUUUUGGGUCUGGAUGUGGACCUGAAAAUAUUUGUGAUCUGUAAUUCUAUCUAGCCUUUACUUUUAUUAUCGGACAUGUUUUCCGCUGACAGCUCUGUAAGUCUUUCUUCCUGAUCUUUCUAAUUUCUUUCUGAAGAUGUCAAAUGACCUUCAGUGUUUGCUUCUAGUUCUUUUAAAGUUGAUAUCAUAAUAUUUUGUGUUUAUCAAUAUUUUCAUUCUUAAUGUGAAAAACAAAAUUAUUUAUACUUAUUAUAGAAUAUAUUUGAAAUUUGCACAUUUAGUUCUUCUUAGAAUCUUUGUUUUCCUAAAUAAAUAUAACUUUUCUCAAGAGUCAAUAUAAAAAAUAAAUUAUUUAAGAACAAA